UGCUCAGUGCGUGUUCUUGACAUUGAUGAUCUCGUGCUGAUAGUGAUAGUGCGACGCAAGAGAGUUGAUGCAUAAAACUUCCAUUAGAAAGAACUUACAGUCCUCGUCAGCAGUCGAUUAUCAUAAGAUGCCAAAUAUAAAGGUUUUCAAUGGGAGUUCCCACCCUGAUUUGGCUCAGAAAAUCUGCGAUCGACUUGGCAUCGAACCGGGAAAAGUUGUCACAAAGAAGUUCAGCAACGGAGAAUGCAGUGUUGAAAUAGGCGAGUCUGUGAGAGGAGAGGAUGUGUAUAUUGUUCAGAGCGGUUGUGAUGAAGUAAAUGACAUGCUGAUGGAGCUGCUGAUUAUGAUCAACGCUUGUAAAAUCGCCUCAGCCUGUCGAGUCACAGCAGUCAUUCCAUGCUUUCCUUAUGCACGGCAGGACAAGAAAGACAAGAGCAGAGCCCCUAUAUCAGCAAAGUUAGUGGCCAACAUGUUAUCUGUUGCUGGGGCUGAUCACAUUAUAACUAUGGACCUCCAUGCCUCUCAGAUUCAGGGUUUCUUCGACAUUCCCGUAGACAAUCUAUAUGCUGAGCCAGCAGUCCUGAAAUGGAUUAAGGACACCAUUCCUGAUUGGAGAAACAGCUGCAUUGUCUCCCCUGAUGCUGGAGGUGCCAAGAGAGUGACUUCGAUUGCAGACAGACUGAAUGUUGACUUUGCGCUGAUCCACAAGGAGAGGAAGAAAGCCAAUGAGGUGGCGACAAUGGUACUUGUUGGGGACGUCAAGGACCGAAUCGCUAUACUAGUGGACGACAUGGCAGACACCUGUGGAACUUUCUGUCAUGCAGCAGAAAAACUGGUAGAAGCAGGAGCAGCCAAAGUCUAUGCCAUCUGCACUCAUGGAAUAUUUUCAGGACCUGCCAUAUCCCGCAUUAACAACUCUGUGUUUGAAGCUGUUGUUGUGACAAACACCAUUCCUCAGGAAGAAAGAAUGAAGUCAGCUCCAAAAAUAAAAUGCAUUGAUAUAUCUACCAUGCUGGCAGAAUCCAUUCGACGAACUCACAAUGGUGAAUCUGUCUCAUAUUUGUUCACUCAUGUGCCAAUGUGAUGUCAACAAUCUUCAUGGAUUUGGCCAGAUCUCCCUUCUUCCCCCGACUCUUUAAGAUGUUAAUAUUUUUUAUGCCCCGUUUUUCUUCCAAGUAAAGAUGUAUCUUCUUAUACAUGUAUAUAGAUGCAUACACGUAUUUGUAAUGGUUUUUCGUUUCGUUACUUGUGGAAAUAAUGUGAAAAAGUAAGUGCUAAAAUCAGAAAUUAAAUGAGUGCUGCAAUAUUAAUUAUGCUUCUGAUGUUCAGUGCUCAUUAGCUUCAUUCUACAUUGUACAUGAUUAUUAGCACCGCCUCAUCAUGUACUAAUUGAGAACAUUGGGUUGAAUUUAAAGGACAAAGGUGAUAUACAUGAAUAUUAAUCUACUGUUUAUUUUUGCAUUUUUUA